AGACUGGCGUCGGCAAGUCUUCAGUGAUCAACCACGCAUUUGGGGUGGAAAACACGAUCACCUCGCAUUAUAAGCCAGGCGAGGUCAGCAUCGACCAUGAGUUUAUCUCACCCGAGAACGACAAGUUUGUUCUCCAUGAUAGCAAAGGCUUUGAACCAGGGGAUGAAGACAACCUCAAAAUAGUUGAAGGCUUCAUUGACCGUCGGAGGAAUAUGCUUACUCCGGAACAUCAGUUGCAUGCUAUUUGGCUUUGCUUUGAGAUACCCCGUGCAGGCGGACGUCUGCUAGAGACAGGAACGGAGGAUUUCCUGAAAUUGAAAAGUAGUGGAAAGCUGGGAAACGUUCCCGUUAUCGUCGUUCUUACCAAAUACGAUAUGCUCAUCGGUCGCAUAGAACGAAAUUUAGAUGAAACCUCUGCCAAUGGAUUGAACGACAAAGCCAUCAAGGAAGUCGUCAAGAACAAAGCAGAAGCCGAGCUGCAGAAUACCUGCAUCGGACCUCUAAAACAAUUCGCAGGGCCUGAUAUACCCUACGUUACGAUCUCUACUGAAGCAGACUACAAGCAGACGCUCGUCCACCUGAUCGAAAUCACUGAAAGCCGUGUCGGUCGGUAUUCUGCGCCCGAGGCUGCGGUGAUGACCUCCAUCGCUCAGCGAGUCCAUCCUGGACUCAAAAUAAAGGCAUCAAUUGAGGUUGGCAAGAAAAGGUAUUGGAAAGCGCUUGGGUCAUGCCCAAUGUUCAAGAACCGUUCGAUGUGGGAUUGUCUCCGUGUGCUUCACAUUGACAUCGUCGACGUGUGGAACUUCCGUGACCCCCAUAAGUACUUGCACAGCCAAGAGUUCAGGACAAUGAUGAUGAACAUGGUCGAUAAGAUAGAAGUUGGACCAGCAACUAAUCCCACCAAGACCAUGGCUUUUGGGUUAUCCAUGGUGGGCACUAUUGCGGCCAUCGUAUCGGCCCUGGCGGGACCUGCAGCUCCCAUCGUAGUACCAAUCGCAGUAGGUGCCGUACUCGCCGUAUGGGCUUACGAUGUAUACCAGAUAUCCCACGCGGUGCUUCAGCGCUUCAUGGCAUACAUCAUCCAUUUAACACUUGUGUUGCAAACACUUUAUCUCAUAUCAGAAAGCCAGGAACUCACUCGUAGGGCAAUCAAGCUCGCCGUCAACUGCUACAUCGAAUCUCCAAUGAGCGGAGAAGCUAAUACUCGGAUUCAGGAUUAUGAUGAUCAAUUGACCAUCGUGGAUCGUAUGGAUAGCGAUGCGUUGGAUAAAAUCGUUGAGGUGAUGCAAUUUUAUAGCAUCGAUGAGGCACAAAUGUCCAAACUUCGGGAAAAGCCCCAUGUAGAUCUGCCGGACGAGCCUUGGUCGUAGCACUUGAUUGUUUCUUUCGUAGAUGGUUUUGCGCGUGGGAGUACUGAUGCGAUUGCAGAUGGUGCUCGCUUGUACUAUAUAACUGGGACCAUAAUACUGUAGCCUACGAUACUGUGUUCUAUUGACGUCAUGUACUUACUACCAGAUUUGACUCGAGCACCCCAACGUGCCAAGGUACUGUGACAGUCUAUAAAAACCUGGCCUCAUUGUCAGACAAGCACCGUUCGACGCCUUCCGACCAGGCUAUGGUGCAGACCACUGGA